AGCCGCCGUCGGGGCAUGAAGAUGGCCGUGGGCUCCGUCAAGAUGCAGCCACCGUGCGAGAACCCGGCCCUGGCCGCGGCGGCGGCAGUGGCGGCGGCGGCGGCGGACAGCGCCCUGCGCCGCGGCUCCAACGCCCGCGAGUCGGAGCGCGAACAGCCUCCCGCGCCGCUGCGGCCGCGGCUGAGGGACCUGCCCGCACUGCUGCGGAGUGGGCUCACCCUGCGGAGGAAGCGGAGCGUCGCCGGGGGCCGGACUCUAUCAAGAAGGAUUUCCAAUCCAUACCUUGAACAUGCUCCUUCCCAGAUUUAUGGAGAGAGUUCUUCCUGUGCAGGAAGAGCAUUGAGGAAUAUUAUUGUCGUUCAGGCAGCUGACCUGAUAAAGGACAGAGUGAACCUCAAGGGAUUUUACAGGAGAAGCUGUGUUGGAUCAGAACUGGUAGACUGGCUUCUAGAACACUGUCCUUUUGUCGAAUGCAGAUCUAUGGCUGUAGGGGUCUGGCAACUCCUACUGGAUAUGGGAAUUAUGUCAUCAGUGGACCAGCAUCUAUACUUUCAAGAUACCUAUGUUUUCUACCAGUUUUCAUCUGAUGAAUGUAGUUACCUGUACUGUGAAUUUGAAAGAGAAGAAGAAUGGCAAAAUGGUGUCAAACUUUUGCUGCAACUUGUGCCUCUCAUCCCUUCUAGAGCUGGCAUCUGUGAACUGUCUCAUCAGAAAAUUGAAGACUCUGAAGAAACCAGUGAUGAAAUUCUCGCUCGUCUCACAUCCGCGGUGCAGAGAGAGCUGGCAGCUGUUAUUGCUUUGAAAGCAAGGAAGUCUGCAAUUGAACAAGAUGAAGAAAACAGUGACAAACAUGUAGCUGUGACAGAAGCUGAAGGUGUUUCAGACUCUCAGGCGGGGGUGAUGUGCAAGCUGCAAGAGAGAGAUGAUAUCGGACGAAUUGAACUGGUCCAGAAGCUAGCAAGAGAAAACUGUCAGUUUUUGCAGACGGACAAAAGAGAACAAGAGAAGUCUGAGCACCAAGAUGAUGAAGUGACGACUGUUCAGGUUAAAGAGCAAGACCAGAACGUCCUGGUGCUGAAGAAAGUGCAGCGCUGUGGCCCAACCCCCACAUCCGGGAGUGCGGAGAGCGAUUGGAGAUACGUGGUUGUGUCCGGGACCCCGGAGAAGAUUCUGGAGCACCUUUUGAAUGACUUGCACCUGGAAGAAGUCCAGGACAAAGAAACAGAGACCCUCCUCGAUGACUUCCUUCUCACGUACACUGUUUUCAUGACAACCGAUGACUUGUGCCAGGCGCUGUUAAGGCACUAUUCUGCUAAGAAGUAUCAAGGCAAAGAAGAAAACUCAGAUGUUCCAUGUAGGAAACGUAAAGUUUUACAUCUGGUUUCCCAGUGGAUUGCUCUAUACAAAGACUGGCUACAUGAAGAUGAACAUUCAAAAAUGUUUCUAAAGACCAUAUACAGGAACGUAUUGGAUGAUGUAUAUGAAUAUCCAAUUCUUGAAAAAGAGUUGAAAGAAUUUCAAAAGAUACUCGGAAUGCACCGUCGUCACACUGUAGAUGAAUAUUCGCCGCAGAGGAAGAAUAAAGCCCUUUUCCACCAAUUCAGUCUUAAGGAGAACUGGCUCCAGCAUAGAGGAACUGUGACUGAAACAGAGGAAAUUUUGUGCCACGUGUAUAUAACUGAGCACUCCUAUGUCAGUGUGAAGGCAAAAGUUUCCACUACAGCCCAGGAGAUCCUGAAAAUUGUGGCAGAAAAGAUCCAGCAUGCAGAAGAAGAUCUGGCUCUGGUGGCUGUCACGUUCUCUGGGGAAAAACAUGAACUUCAGCCUAAUGACUUGACCAUCUCCAAAUCCCUUGAGGCAUCUGGUCGGAUAUAUGUCUAUCGGAAAGACCUGGCUGACACUUUGAACCCGUUUGCAGAAAAUGAGGAAUCACAGCACAGGUCUCUGAGGAUUUUGGGAAUGAACACUUGGGAUCUUGCUCUGGAAUUAAUGAAUUUUGAUUGGAGUCUCUUCAAUUCAGUUCACGAGCAAGAGCUGAUCUACUUCACGUUCAGCAGACAGGGAAGUGGGGAGCACACUGUGAACCUCAGCCUUCUGCUACAGAGAUGCAAUGAAGUCCAGCUCUGGGUGGCCACUGAAAUUCUGCUCUGCAGCCAGCUGGGCAAGCGAGUGCAGCUGGUGAAGAAGUUCAUCAAAAUUGCGGCUCACUGCAAAGCCCAGAGAAACCUGAAUUCUUUUUUCGCUAUUGUGAUGGGGCUCAACACUGCUUCCGUCAGCCGACUGGCACAGACCUGGGAGAAAAUCCCUGGGAAGUUUAAGAAACUUUUCUCUGAACUUGAAAGUUUAACGGAUCCUUCCCUGAAUCACAAAGCCUACAGAGAUGCAUUCAAAAAGAUGAAACCACCAAAAAUCCCUUUCAUGCCUUUAUUGCUUAAAGAUGUAACAUUUAUUCAUGAAGGAAAUAAAACUUUUUUGGAUAAUCUCGUCAAUUUUGAAAAGCUGCAUAUGAUUGCAGACACCGUUCGAACCCUGAGACACUGCAGGACAAACCAGUUUGGAGGUGACAUGUCUCCAAAAGAGCAUCAAGAGUUGAAAGCCUAUGUUAACCACCUGUAUGUCAUCGACAGCCAGCAGGCCCUGUUUGAGCUCUCACACCGGAUCGAGCCUCGGGUGUGAGCCCUGCUGCCUCACCUCCCCUGUAACUGCAGCACUUUGAGCUACCGAAUGUCUAUGCCAAGCACGUUGCUUUCCUGAGAGAAAAGAAGUUGCUGAGUUUUAUCAGCAUAUUGCAAGGCGUACACAGGAAAGCCAACCAAAGCGUGUUCAGGAAAUGAUGUCAGCCACUAGAGAUGGGGAGAGGCCUCUCCACGCUACCCUAGGAACGAAAAGGCAGAAAAAGUCAGAAGCAUUCUUGAAAUGGAGAAGUCUGGUUUCUUAUGAUAACAUUGUUGAGCUAAUGCAGUUUUCGAUUUGAGCUGUGCCAGUGUCAGGACAAGAGAACACACCUCUCGUCCCACAAUGGCCAAACGUUGCAGUAAGAGUGUGCAUGAAACAGUAGAGAGUUUUACUCUGCCUGGGAACAGAUUACUGUUUAUGGGCUGGCAAAACAUAGUUCUUUUGGACACCUAAAAACAGUGGUGGCCUCUCAAGAUUUGCAGGGAAAAUGAGAGGUCUCUCAUGAUGCAAACACCGACGGCACCAAAAGCUAGUUGGGUCCAGGGAGUUAGUGAGAAGCAGCAGCUGGCCUCCAUACUCUCUUUCCAGAGAAGUGUCAAGGCAGGCAUUUCUUCACAUCCACAAUCACUUGCUGACAUAUGCUUGCAGUGAAAUAGUUUCUACACAACUAAAUUGCAACUGUACAGCAAGUUAGACGAAGUUGCCUUGCCAAUAAGGAAAAGUAGUAAUCUUUAAGAAACUGACUCCUUGCUUCAUUCUGGGGAUUUUCUUUACAUUUUGUUAAGCAGACUCUGCUCUCUUGUUGGGUACAGUGUGUGAUUUUUAAAAAGCACAGUGCCUGACACUUUGUAGGCACACGGUAACUGUUUAUUGAGGUGACAGAGUCCCGAGGGCUCACACUUUUGUGCCUGACAAUGGCCCUGGUGUUUUGCAGUACUCAGCCAGGCUCUUCACCCACAAUAUGGAAUGAUAGUGGCCAACACAGAGAGGAUACCUGAGACCUGGCGGGGGAAGCACUUGCACUCCCUAGAAAAGAGGCAUCUUUGAGCAAAUGAAAAGAGCCCCCCAAAUAUCCAAAUGUUUGAUUUGUGUUGGAGAUUGAGAAGUCCUGUAGGCCACCUCCCAACCAAAUCAGGAAACCUCUCAAUAAUUUGUCUUAUUUUUGUUCAACGUCUCAAGAGCUACUAAGUGUGUAUGUAUAUAUGCAUACAUGUGUGUGUAUUUUAUUCUCAGUUUUGCAGGUUGAGGCUCCUCCAGUAAAUAAGAUCCUUGCUAUUCUUGAGGCCUGGUUAAAAGAUUUUCCUCAGCCUUCAAAUGUCAAAAAAGUGUGAGGGAUAAAAUAAUGAAAUCCACCCCAGCCAGCUAGAGACCCAUCACUUUGCUAAAAUAGAAGCACCCUCGUCCGUGUAUUUCCCACACGUGUGAAUCUUGGGGAGCCUCUCACCACUCCUGCCUCCUCGUCUCCUAAAUGCCUGUCCACGCCAUUUCCUUUCUGUCUCAUCAACACCUCAUCCGUCCUCAUUACUGAGGCAUGUCCGAUGCUUUCUGACACCUUAGCAGCCAUGCUGUUUCCUGGGCUGGGGCGCCACACUGAGCUCGGGGUAGCUCCACUCAAGGGGGGAUAAUUUUUGCCUGGACUUUCAAAGAGACUCAGUCUGGCCCAGUAUGUAAAACUUCAAUCCUGCCAUUGACUGGGGCUUCUUUAGAACAGCACCAGCAAAUCAUCCAUGACUGGCCCGCUCAAAGGUGCGAGCUUGUGCUGCGGGAGAGCCGCUGUAGACCAGCACCCUCGGAACCGGGGAAAACUCGCUUCCCUCCCAGGCCAGCAGCCACUCGCAAAGCUCCUAGAUUACCAAGGAUCACAUGGGCUUAUGGCACGGGCAGGGCUCUUUAUUUUUCUCUAUGCUAAAGAAUAGGAUUUAACCAGUCUAAUCAUAAGACCAUUUGACGUUGUCUCUCUGUUUUAAAAUUUAAUUUUUGUUUUUCAAAUUAAACCUACAUUGCUCCAACCAGACAUUACCUCAAGAGGACUAGUUUUCAGUGGAGAACUAUUUCAGUAUAGCACCUACUGCUGAGGCCCCAAUUGAAUAUGUGCACUUGGCCAAAUGAAGCCACAACUACAUUGUGUGUAAACACAUUUGGUGUGGUGUAUUUGGGGUUUCCUGUGUGGCCUGGGUGGGUACAAGCUGGUGAGAAAAUGGUGCUUGGCUACCUUCUCCUCCAGCUGUGGCCAUGGGGUUCUUAAGGGAGAGGAGGAAAGGGGGGAUUUGUUUGGUUUCAGUUGCUUUCCCAUCCUUGCCUCCUGAAUGUCAAAGUCUCCACAUCUUUCUGAAAUUUAAAACUGCUUCCAGAGACUUCCCAGGCAGGAACUCUCAGAAGCUUUGAGGAGACUUAAAUUUCGAAUUAAAGAAUCAAGGCAGAGUUGUGGAUGACCAGACUGACUCAUCGUGAAGCUCUUUCUAACAAAUCCAAGCAGGCCACAGUGGGACUCAAUGGCUCCCUGUUAUAGAGCUAGGCUUUCUUCCCUUUCCAGCUAUCUGCCACAGCCUCUUUUGAACAGGUUCUCGUUUUGGCUAGAAGCGUGGACUAGAAGAUGUCUCAGCUUCCUUCCAGCUCUCUCUUCGAUUUUAAUGAUUGCAUAAAAUCUCCAUUCACUCUGAAACUGUCUUGUAACUGCCAGCUCACCAGCGGGUGGUACAUCGGCCACUCCUAAGUGGUUCUUUGUUUUACAGCACAACCCUGGGACAGCCCGUGGGUCUUUGGAUUCAUCAGCAGCCCAGCAAAGCAGCCCUGCUUAGAAAUUAGCACAGAGCAGCAGGACACAGGUUCCUGUGGGCAAAAUAGUAACCUUUUGGAUUUUUUUUACAUGGACAUUUGCAGAUGAUCCAAAGCUAUGGUGUUUUAAUAUCACUCUUGUUAUCUUUAUAAUUGCCAGAUAGUUGUAGUGAAAAAUCUUAUGAACUGCUUUCACUUUAUUCCACUAUCAUGACCUAUGUUCAGAUUAAAUUCAUUUUCCUGGAUUCCUUCCCACAAGUAAGUAGGGUGGAGCACUUUGAAUUUAGAAGCCUGAGAAUAAAGUGAAAGCCCACGCCCUGAGGUUAGUGGAGGGCAGUGGUUGCACAAAUGCAGACCUGUCUCUUGGGGGGAGAAGCCUUGUGUGAGACAGUAUGUGGGGACUUUGAUGCCUGGAGGCAGGCAGUCACCGCUGCCCAAAUCCUCAGCCCCAAGGUUUUGUCGCAGCCACCAUGUACACUUCACAUCGCAGAUUGCUCCAAAAUGGCUCAACCAAUCCAGGCUUCACAGAAACCAGGAAAAACAUGAAAAUGGGGAAGAUCGUGUCCACUGAAAUUGUCCAACAUGGAGUUGCUUUAAAAUGCUUCAAAGUAAUGUCCUUAAAAUUUCAGCCUGCUUAAUAGUGAGUGGGCCAGUUGUGCUUAAAACCGGUAGGGGAAAAAGGUUUUUGUUUUUUUUUUUAAGAAAAAAAUUGCCAAAAAGUAAGAUGAAAAUGUACUACUGUAUAAAGCAAAGCUGUAUAUAUUAAACAUUUUUUAGCAGAGUAAUAUUUAUUUGCAUAGCUUAUUUAUUGUAUUCGUAUUACACUGUUAUUAAAUACUGGCAUGAAAUCAGUGACCUGAAGCAAGGAAUCUUGCCUUUUAAUGUAUCGCUAAUUAGGACUGCUGUGACAUUGCCAGCUUGCAUUAACAACUAGAAGACAGAAAACCCACAAUCAGGGUAUCUACCUAACUUCUCAGGGACUACACGCCGUAGUUUUCCACCAUUAUAAGAACUGGUAAAUAUGAAACAUUUGUGGAAUUACCAGAAUUGCCAUUAACAGUGUUUUCUCUCUCAUAUUUCAUGCUUUCUGCUUCUGUAUAUAUGACUGUGCUGUGUAUUUAUCUAAGCUAGUAAGCAAUAAUUUAUAUGUAAAAAUGGCCGAGCAAUAUAAGGUUAAAACUUAUAUAAGCAACUGUUAUCUUGUAUUUUCAAGUGUUUUUUAAAACCGCUUUUCCAAAUAUAAGACUAUGUUAAAGAGUC